AUGGAAGAGGAAGAGGAACAACCUUUUAUUACCAUACUCAAGAAACCCAAGCUUACUGAGGAAGUUCCCUUUCGUGACACUUUUGGUACUUUUGUGCAGACCCCUAUUGCUCCUUCACCUAUUUCUUUUGAGAGAGGUAAGGCACCAAUGCUCCCUACCCACAUUAUUUCCAAUCUUUCUCUUAGAAUGAUAAGACCAGCUCUACUUAUUCCUUCCUCUUCUGUUCUUGUAUCAGCUACUUCUGCUUCUCAGACGGCUACUACUACUUCUGCAUCCUCUCAGCCUCUUUCCUUGGCCUUACCUCCUUUGGCUUCUGGAUCCCGAGCGAGAAGAACACCUUACAAGAGAUCUUCUCCGAGUCCAGGACCAUCAGCUAUCCAUGCUCCUACAACUGAAUCAACUUUCAUUGCUUUGCCAUCUUCCAUCCCCUCUAGUUCUUCCUCUGUUAUUCUCAUUUCUACCACUUCUUCUCUUUCUCUUCCUUCUUCUUCCACCCGGCCUUCCUCACCUUCUAUCCUCCCACCUUUGUUUAGACAGGCUAUGGGUCUGCCCUCUCAACUGGGACAAGCUUCGGACCCUCCUGGUUAUGGUUUUCUACAGCUACAAGGACCGUUGGCUGAGUCUUGGCAGCAUAGUCAAGAACUGUUAAGGGGCACUAGUAUUUCCAACCGCAUUGACAGUCACAGUCGUCAAGCUGUUGUCUUUCUUGCCUCAAGUCUUCAUCUAGACCAACUAGUCAUUGCUUUGGAAAGGGACAAUAGCAAGUUAAAAGCUCAAGUAGAGGCACUGAAAGCCAAUCUUCCCCCUUCCCACAUUGAGCUUACUCAAUUACAAGAGAAGAUAGCCUCACAGACUCAACAAAUAGAGGCUAUGAAAAAGGAAUUGCAGCAUCAGCACCAGUUAUUGAAAAAUAAAGAGCUGGAAAGGAAAACCUUGGAGUUACAGGUGGAUCGGUUAAAUUCCAGCCUCCAGGCCCAAGAAUCAGCCUCAAGUGAGUUUGCUAUUCUACAAGAGCAAGAACAGAGAAAGGCUCAAGAUGCAGAGAUAUCCUCACUUUGA